GAACAAGCUCAAUAUUGUAAAAGAUCAAUCAAGAUCUGGAGAUGUCGGGAGUUUGGGUGUUCAAGAAUGGCGUGGUUCGGCUAGUGGAGAAUCCUGGAGCUGAGACGAACAGUGAGAACAAAAAAAGAAAGGUUUUGGUUUACACUCCAAGCAACGAAGUCAUAACCUCUUACUCACAUCUCGAGCGACAUCUCUACGCACUUGGCUGGGAACGUUACUACGAGGAGCCUCAUCUCCUUCAGUUCCACAAAGCAUCCACCGUUCACCUCAUCUCCCUUCCUACCGAUUUCUCCAGGUUCAAGUCGAUGCACAUGUACGACAUCGUCGUCAAGAACCGUAACAUGUUCCAAGUCAGGGACAUGUAGCUGCAGCCAUAUUUGGCGGUUUUCUAUAUAUAUUUUUUUCAGGCUCUUGACCAGAAUAUGGGUUGUGUAUUGUCUUGAUGUGUGUCUCAUAGUGUGGUUUGAUGUGCUAUGUGCCUAUGUCUCUUGUGAAGCUAACUUUUUGUUUGAAUUGGAUGUUGGAUGUACUGAUGUGGAAGUAAUAAUGCAUGUUAAUAAAAAAUAUGUAAGUUGUAUAUG